CAUCCGUCGGUUAGUCAGAAACGAUCCGUGCGCACUAUUCCCGAAUGGCGACGAGUGUUGUUGUUUGAAGGGGAAAAAGGUCCGAGAAUCGAACCCGCAAACGUCCUAAGAUGACGUCGAUUCUUCCGUUUACUCCACCGGUCGUCAAACGGCUCUUGGGUUGGAAGAAAGGUGAAGGAGAAGAUAAGUGGAGUGAAAAAGCGGUUAAAAGUUUAGUCAAGAAGUUAAAGAAAACUGGAGGAUUGGAAGAACUGGAGAAAUCCAUCACCACACAGGACGUCAAAACCAAAUGCAUUACCAUCCCCAGAUCAUUGGAUGGCAGGCUUCAAGUGUCCCAUCGUAAGGGACUACCUCAUGUUAUCUACUGCCGAUUGUGGCGUUGGCCUGAUUUACAAAGUCAUCAUGAAUUGAGAGCAGUAGAAAAUUGUGAAUUUGCUUUUAAUUUGAAGCGUGACGAAGUAUGUAUCAACCCAUAUCAUUAUCUGCGGAUUGAGACACCAGCACUUCCUCCUAUUUUGGUGCCUAGACAAUCUGGAGAUAUACCUACAGAAUUACCCCCUCUAGAUGAUUAUAGUAACUCAGUACCUGAGAACACUGAUUUUCCUGCUGGCCUAGAAAAUCAGACCUUCCCACUCACAGAAACACCUCCACCUGGAUACAUGAGUGAAGACGGUGAUAACCAUGAACAAAAUGGGACAGAUAACAUGGAUACAGGAAUUAUGCCUUCACCUAGCCCUCCUUUAGAUGUUCAACCAGUUACAUAUACAGAGCCAGCAUUUUGGUGUUCUAUCUCAUAUUAUGAACUGAAUACUAGGGUUGGUGAGACCUUUCAUGCUUCACAACCAUCUUUGACUGUGGAUGGUUUUACAGAUCCUUCCAGUUCUGAACGUUUUUGUCUUGGUUUGUUGUCAAAUGUUAAUAGGAAUCCAGUGGUAGAACAGACAAGACGGCACAUUGGUAGAGGAGUUCGUUUAUAUUACAUAGGUGGUGAAGUAUUUGCUGAAUGCUUAAGUGAUAGUAGCAUUUUUGUACAGAGUCCUAAUUGCAAUCAAAGAUAUGGUUGGCAUCCUGCUACAGUUUGCAAGAUUCCUCCAGGUUGCAAUUUGAAAAUUUUCAACAACCAAGAAUUUGCAGCAUUAUUGGCUCAGUCAGUCAGCCAAGGAUUUGAAGCAGUUUAUCAGCUAACUCGCAUGUGUACAAUUCGCAUGAGUUUCGUCAAAGGUUGGGGUGCAGAAUAUCGCCGGCAAACAGUUACUUCUACCCCAUGUUGGAUCGAGCUCCACUUAAACGGUCCUUUGCAGUGGUUAGACAGGGUAUUAACACAAAUGGGAUCACCUCGUAUUCCAUGCAGCUCUAUGUCAUAAAGAACGACAAUAAUAAUAAUUAUUGUUCUGUUGUGUUAAUUUCUUUCAUGCAUGUCAGUGAUUGGAAUUCACAAACUGUUUUGCUUUUUGCAUUAGAAAAUAUGACCAAAGUGGCUUUAACCCCAAGAGUUGUUUUUUCAAUCAUAUCUUAUAUAAUUAUUAUAUCAAGAUGACAACAAUUAAGUCAAUUAUCAUGAAAGAUAUUACAUAAACAUUUGAAAUUCUGAUAAUUAUGUGUUUUUUGUUUAUAUUGUUGUCAAGAUUGAAUUGGCAGUGUUUGGUAUGAUGCAAAAUCUACAUCACAUCAUUCAGGAACUAUUACAUAUUCUAAGAAAGUCAUUUUUUAAGAAAAAGAAGUUUAAAAAAAAAAUAAUCGUUUUGUGUAAUAUCAAAUUGAUAAAUUGUAAAUAUAGUUUAUUAGAAUCUGCAGCUUUUUAUUCAUUAUCAUAUAGAGAUAGUAAACCUCUUUUUGUGUGAGUGUAUAAUUUUAACAUAAUCUUAUUCAAUGUGAUUGAAUAUUUUAUAUUUUUUAAAGUUUGUAGAAUUGGAGUAUGAUAGUAUUUGGUUUAUCAAUUUGUAAAAUUGUUUAAAGAAUUUACUGUAUUCAUUCUAGUAACUUUAAUUUCUCAUAACACUGCCAUAAAUUUAAAAAAAAAAUGAGGGGAAAAAAACAAAAAAGCUGAUUUUGAAACCAUUUUAUAUUGUCCAUAAACCGAAGAAGAGAUAGAAUUUUAGUUUUAUAUUUAAAUUUAUAUAUAUAUUGUUGAUUUCGAAAUUUUAUCUGAAAUUUAAUUCGUAUUCAUUUGUAUUAGUAUUCUGUUCUUAAAAAGUAGUAGUCAUCAAAGUUUCAAAGAAAUUUUAAAAUUUUAUUAUACGCUGAUGGGGUUUCAUUCAAAGGAUGUUUCAUUUUCUCAACAUCAAACAUUUCAGAACUAAAAUACUGUUUCAUGUUAAUGUUUAGAAACUUGUAUUUAAAAAAAAAAAAAAAGUAAGAAAAAAUGAAUUUCUUAAUCAGUAUCAAUCCAAUCUACAGUCAUCAGGAUGUUAGUGGGUUUUUAUCAUAUAAAACUUGAGUCAUCGUGAAAAUGAGAUUACAUGUCGUGAAUGGUAUUGUUAAAUUUUAAAUCUGCACUAUUAUGUGUUGCCUUGUUAUCCAUAUGUUACUAUAAUAAAAACAAAAUGCAGUGGAAAAAAAAAAAACUUUUUUAUUGUUUCAUUGAAAAUAUGUGGGAUAUAGUCUUUCUUUUGCUAUUACAAAUGCAGCCUAAAUAUACUCAAAAGAAACAAAUCUACUGUUAGUAUUUCUUUCAGUUUAAAAUCUGCCCCAUAUAAAUUUACAAAACAACAUACAAAAAAAAUACGUAUUAUAAAUGUUUGCUCAGAGGAAGAAGAGAAUAUUAUGGCAAUGGUCGAGUCAAGCGAUUGCCAAAUUAGUAUGUAUAUGAAUUAUGCCAUGGUUAAGAACAUAGAAUGGGCUUUAGUACUAAAAAAAGUAAAUUAUAUCUUAAUAUAAUGUACUGUAUUGAGCUUGUUGAAUCUUUCGAAGGAAAAGAAAAAUUCCAUUGAAUAGAAAAAUGUUGAAUUGUAAAUAAAAAAAAAAAAAUUUGCUUAAGAGGCUUAAUCCCUGAAGUUGCAGCAAUUGAAGUUUUUAAAAUUUGCUUUGAGAGGGACUGCCACAUCAAAUGUCAAUUUUGUGCCAAUUACAGAGAACUGCAGUAGCAGUAGUUCUGAUCUACUGGGGGAAAAAAAGUGAUUCCUUGACAGUCUUUCUGUAAAUGUGAAAGUACAGGAAAUAUUUAUAAAUAUUUCCUUUAAAAAAUCUUAAAAAGCUUGUGUUUUAGCUGUACUUUAAGGCACAUUCAAACAACUGACUUUUUUAAAUUGUUGUAGUGAUAUCCCAAUUGUAGGCUUCUUGUCUGUAUCUGACUUGUACUAUUGACAAGGCCUAUUUUGUUAAAAUAAAAUCUGUAUUAAAAUGAA